UCUGGCAGCGCCGCUGGCAUCAGACUGGAGACUUGACAGGGUUGGAGAGAGGCAGCAGGACCAUGGACUCCAGGAACAUGCUUGUCGUUUACUCUGUGAACUUGGAGAAAAAGCUGAACGCUGCUGCCCACCACACGAUUGAGUACCAAACUCAGAAGCUCGUGCUCAGGCGUGGACAGAUAUUCUCCCUGAAGGUGAUGCUAAACAGACCGCUCCAAUCUCAUGAUGAACUGAAGCUGAUAUUCAAUACUGGACACAACAUGCCAUUCUACACUGUGGAGCUUGAUCCAAUGACAUCCUACCGUUCCAAGGGCUGGCAGGUGAAGAUUGCUAAACAGUCUGGUGUAGAGGUUGUAUUGAAUGUCAUCAGUGCUGCCGACGCCGUGGUGGGGAGGUACACGAUGAACGUGAACGAAUUUGACGCUGGAGUGUUCUUCCUUCUCUUCAAUCCGUGGUGCUCAGAUGACAGUGUCUUCAUGGCUAGUGAGGAAGACCGAGCAGAGUACGUCCUUAAUGAUACCGGUUACAUGUACAUGGGUUUUGCCAAACAGAUUAAAGAGAAGCCCUGGACCUUUGGUCAGUUUGAGAAGUACAUCUUGAACUGCUGCUUCCGAUUGUUGACCCAUUUGGAGCCCAAGGAAAUGCAGAGCCCAGUGCUUGUGUCCAGGGCCAUUUGUACUAUGAUGUGUGCUGCAAACAAUUUUGGAGUGCUGGUGGGGAACUGGACAGGAGACUAUAGCAAUGGCACUGCCCCGUAUGUGUGGGCCAGCAGUGUACCCAUUCUCCAGCAGCACUACAUCACCAGGAUGCCUGUACGCUUUGGCCAGUGCUGGGUUUUCUCUGGAGUCCUGACCACAGCACUGAGAGCAGUGGGCAUCCCAGCUCGCAGCGUGACUAACUUUGAGUCAGCCCACGAUACAGAAAAGAACCUCAGAGUAGACAUCUACCUGGAUGAAUCGGGCAAGACAAUUCCACAUCUGACCAAAGACUCUGUCUGGAAUUUCCAUGUGUGGACAGAUGCCUGGAUGAAAAGACAGGAUCUACCCCAGGGCCAUGAUGGUUGGCAGGUCCUGGAUUCUACACCACAGGAAAUCAGUGAAGGACAAUUCCGCAUUGGACCUUCACCGGUGUCUGCUAUCCGCCAGGGAUUGGUCCAAAUCAUGUAUGACACCACAUUUGUGUUCACGGAGGUGAACGGUGACAAGUACAUCUGGCUGGUGAAGCAGAACCAGGAAAGGGAGAAGAAUGUCCUCAUCGCUGUGGAGACUGCUAGCAUCGGCAAGAACAUCAGCACCAAGAUGGUGGGCGAGAACAGGCGUCAAGAUAUUACCUUGCAUUACAAGUUCCCAGAAGGCAGCCCAGAGGAGAGGAAGGCCAUGGAGAAGGCCUCUGGGAAACGUCCUGAUGACAAGCUCAACUCUCGGACACUUCACAUAUCUGUCCUCCAGAACUCUGUGGAGCUAGGACAUCCUAUCAAUUUGACCAUAGUGUUGAAAAGGAAAACGGCCACACCACAGAAUGUCAACAUUUCAUGCUCCCUUGACCUACAGACUUACACAGGCAACAAGAAGACAAACCUGGGAGUCAUCCAGAAGACUGUGCAGAUUCAAGGCCAAGAAUCAGAGGUGUCUCUCAGCAUGGAUUCCAGUUUCUACAUCUAUAAACUGGGCAUGGUUGAUGAUGAGAUGGUCAUUAAAGGGUUCAUCAUUGCAGAAAUUGUUGAUUCUGGUGAACGGGUAGCCACUGAUACGACCCUGUGUUUCCUGUACUCUGCCUUCUCUGUAGAGAUGCCGAGCACAAGCAAGGUCAACCAGCCUCUGACCAUCACCUGCAACUUCAAGAACACCCUGCCCAUCCCUUUGACUAACAUCAAGUUCUCAGUGGAAAGCCUGGGCCUCAAUAACAUGAAGUCCUGGGAGCAAGAGACGGUGCCGCCCGGAAAGACCAUCAAUUUCCAGAUAGAAUGCACCCCAGUGAAAACUGGACCCAGGAAGUUCAUUGUCAAGUUUAUUUCCAGACAAGUGAAAGAGGUUCAUGCCGAGAAGGUCGUUCUCAUCACAAAGUAGCCCAUCUGAUACCAUUGAGAUGGAGGCAGGAGCCCUGAUUGGCUCUGAGCCUUGGUAAGCAUGUUAGCAUUUCCUAAAUUGCAUUUAGCUCUCAGGUCAGAAAUGAUUAAAUUUUAGGGGUUGGGGAUUUAGCUCAGUGGUAGAGCGCUUGCCUAGGAAGCGCAAGGCCCUGGGUUCGGUCCCCAGCUCCGGGAAAAAAAAAAAAAAAAGAAAUGAUUAAAUUUUGAUUACUCAUAUGAAGGCAGAUUCAAGAGCCAGCCCAGCAAAAGACAGAGCUCAAAGGCCAAUGUAACCACCGGCAGUAGCUCCAGGGAGCCAGGUUACCUAAGCACAUGUCAUACAUAGGCAGACAUCUCAAAUACAUAUUUAGGAACUGUGGCCUCAGAAGACAGUGCCACUGUCAUCUGGAUUCAGAACCAUAUCCAGAGCCCAGAUAGAGAAGUGCCAGAGGCAUCUUCCAUCUACACCAUGGAUUCUAUCAAGUCCAGGGGUGCCUGGAGGCUGUGCUGGAAGUCCUGUAGGAAGCAUCGUGGAGCUGGUCCUUGACCAGGUGCUACAAGCUCUUACCCUAGGGCUCCGUCCUCUCGGAAGCAGGCCCCACGCUGGCGUGAGGCCCCUCUUGCUCUAGAUGGGCCAGGGGAGGGAGGCCCUUUCCUUAAGUAAGAGUCUAUGGCCAGUGACAACAUCUGAAGAAGCAAGGUAUCCUUCCCUGUUCCCUGGAGUCUGUGCUUUACUAUGCUGUAAAGGGAUCUGCUCAUGUAUCACUGUGCUUUGAAUUAAACUCUGGCAACUUUAAGAUGGC